AUGGAGAACGGUCAUGAGAAAGCAGUAGAGACGGUUGUUGUGGGGAACUAUGUGGAGAUGGAGAGAGAUGGCAAAGCUUCGGAUAUGAAAUCAAAGCUUUCCAACAUGUUCUGGCAUGGAGGCUCUGCCUAUGAUGCUUGGUUCAGCUGCGCUUCCAACCAGGUGGCGCAAGUGCUGUUGACACUGCCGUACUCGUUUUCACAGCUGGGGAUGCUCUCAGGGAUCCUGUUUCAGCUCUUCUAUGGGCUCUUGGGUAGCUGGACAGCUUACCUCAUCAGCAUUCUCUAUGUUGAAUACAGAACCAGGAAGGAGAGAGAGAAAGUUAACUUCAGAAACCAUGUUAUCCAGUGGUUUGAGGUUCUUGAUGGAUUGCUUGGGAAGCAUUGGAGGAAUGUUGGCUUGGCUUUUAACUGCACUUUCCUUCUCUUUGGAUCUGUCAUCCAACUCAUAGCCUGUGCCAGCAACAUAUAUUACAUAAAUGACAAUCUGGACAAGAGGACAUGGACAUACAUAUUUGGGGCAUGUUGUGCAACCACAGUCUUCAUUCCUUCCUUCCACAACUACAGGAUCUGGUCCUUUCUUGGACUCUUGAUGACCACUUACACUGCUUGGUACCUUACCAUCGCCUCAAUCCUCCAUGGCCAGGUAGAAGGAGUGAAGCAUGCGGGGCCAAGCAAGCUGGUACUCUACUUCACAGGGGCCACAAACAUUCUUUACACGUUCGGAGGACAUGCUGUUACUGUAGAGAUAAUGCAUGCCAUGUGGAAGCCGCAGAAGUUCAAGUCGAUAUACCUCUUUGCGACUCUCUACGUCCUGACGCUGACGCUGCCUUCUGCCUCUGCUGUUUAUUGGGCGUUUGGCGAUCUGCUUCUAAACCAUUCCAACGCAUUCGCUCUCCUCCCGAAGAACCUAUACCGUGACUUUGCCGUGGUGCUCAUGCUCAUCCACCAGUUCAUCACCUUUGGGUUCGCUUGCACGCCGCUCUACUUCGUCUGGGAGAAGCUCAUUGGGAUGCAUGAGUGCCGCAGCAUGUGUAAACGAGCCGCCGCCAGGCUUCCCGUCGUUAUUCCCAUCUGGUUUCUCGCCAUCAUUUUCCCUUUCUUCGGUCCCAUCAACUCCACUGUCGGGUCUCUCCUCGUCAGCUUCACCGUCUACAUCAUCCCUGCCCUUGCUCACAUCUUCACCUUCCGCUCCUCCGCCGCACGCGAGAACGCCGUCGAGCAGCCUCCCAGGUUUCUGGGCCGAUGGACUGGGGCUUUCACCAUCAACGCCUUCAUCGUGGUGUGGGUUUUCAUCGUUGGAUUCGGGUUCGGUGGGUGGGCCAGUAUGAUCAAUUUUGUUCACCAGAUCGACACUUUUGGCAUCUUCACCAAAUGUUACCAGUGCCCUCUCCCUGUAAUGGCCUCUCCUCCUCCGAUCAGCCAUCCUCACGGCAAUCACACUCGUGGCCUUUAG